AUGGCGCACACCCUCCUCAAGAACCGUCGGCGGACCGACUAUAGGUUCUCUCUCGAAUACCGCACAAGAUGGAUUGACAACGACAUGUACGAUCACAUGAACAACAGCGUCUACUACUUCCUCUUCGACUCCAUCGUAAACUCCUACCUCAUCCAGCACUGCUCGCUGCACCCCCCGACCUCCGACUCGAUCGGCCUCGUCGUCCACUCCCACUGCGACUACUUCGCGCCUGUGGGCUUCCCUGCGGUUGUCGACCUCUGCUUGAGGGUGAAUAAACUGGGGAAGAGCAGUGUCACGUAUGAGAUUGGGGUGUUUGAGAAGGGAGUCGAGGAGGUCAAGGCGGUGGGGAACUUUAUUCACGUUUUUGUGGAGAGGGAGGGUAGGAGGCCUGCGGUGGAGGGGAUGGCGGAGAACUUGAAGAAGGGAUUGGGAGCUAUUGUGGUUUCGGAGCAAGCGAAGCUAUGA